CCUUCUCUCCCAUUGUAACCUAACCUUACGGAGUACUACCAAUACUACUCACGUACUCCCUCUGUCCCAGAAUACUAGUCACCCUGAAAAAUUUCAGACAAAUUAGUGGGGAAGUAAAAUGACCAUGCAACCCCUGCCGGUUGAGCGAAUCCCGCGCGCCCCGCAAUCAACCAGCCGAGAUACUGCAUGGCUGCAUGCAGCCGCCGGGAGCUGUAUUUUAUUUUGGCGCCAUCAACUGCACACUUUUAAUUAGCGCCAUGCGUGUGCAUGUGGAUCUGUUGCAGCACGAAUUGAAAAAACAAGCCGGUUCAAUUGUUUCACCCGGUGCCAAAAAUUUAAUUUUUUUAGCCAAAGUUUUACCCGGCGCUAGAACUGCACGCGUGGCCUAUAAAUCUAAUACAUCCGGCGGCGGCGUGUUCCAUUUGGCUUGUUCCAUUUCUUUCAGUCACAUCGGCAUGCAUCCUUUCGACCUGAACUUGCAUCCUUUCGACCUGAACUUUGUUGGUGCCGAGGAAGAAGAAGAAUUUAUCCCAGGAAGCAAUGAGCAUAUCAUUUUUGAACAAGAUGACCAUCAUCUACCAGCACAUCAAGAAUCUGUUUAUGGGUUCCAAGAUCUGGAGGAUGAUAUCCAGGACUAUUGUGUGUAUUUUGAACAAAUUGAUAUAGAAUUUGAUCAAGAAGAAUUGCCAGUCUCAAAGGAAAAAUUCCAUGAGAACCAUCCAUAUCAGAGAAAUAGGAUCAAAGAUUUAACAGAUAGAGAAAGUCAAGACAUAUACGAAGCUUUGCUUGAGGUAAGCAACAACGGAAAAUUAAAAAAGAACAGCACAUCUGUGAUUGCUUAUAGGUUCAACGUCAGUAGGCGUACAGUUCAACGUGUAUGGCAAAGGGCCAUGGAAUGCCGUGCAAUUGGAGUGCCAGUUGAUGUUAGGUCCAAGAAACCAAAUAACUCUAGUAGGAAAAGGAUGAGUGUGGAACUGUCAGAGGUUGCUAGAAUUCCAUUACAUAAGAGGACCACUAUUAGGUCCUUAGCAGAAGAACUGGGCAUUAAGAAAAGCACAUUGCAUAGAUGGUUUAGAGAAGGAGAGCUAAGACGGCACUCUAGCUCGCUCAAACCUUUUUUGAAGGAAGCAAACAAGAUUGCGAGGUUGAGGUGGUGUCUCUCUAUGUUAGACCAGCAUACUUUGCCCAAUGAUCCAAAAUUCAUUGAAAUGGAAUAUAUUAUCCAUUCAGAUGAGAAGUGGUUCAAUGCUUCAAAGAAGAGGGAGACAUAUUACUUGCUACCUGAUGAAGAAGACCCACAUAGGACAGUGCAAAACAAGAAUUCAAUUGAGAAGGUUAUGCUUUAUUCAGGAGUUGCUAAGCCUAGGUUUGAUGCAUCUGGUAAUUGUACUUUCGGUGGCAAACUCGGCAUUUGGCCUUUUGUAAGAAAGGAACCAGCAAAAAGGAGAAGUGGCAAUAGACCAAGAGGGACACUUGUGACCAAGACCAUGAAGGUGGGUAGAGACACUAUGAGAUCUUAUAUGAUUACUAAAUUACUACCAGCUAUUAAAGCUAAAUGGCCUAAAGAGGAUGCAAAUAAGACCAUAUGGAUUCAACAAGAUAAUGCACCGUCGCAUGUACCACCCAAUGAUGAACAGUUUGCUGCUGCAGUUAGUGAAUCAGCCUCCAAAUUCCCCAGAUAUGAACUGCCUAGAUCUAGGCUUCUUUGCAUCUCUUCAAUCAAUGACAGAUAGGAGGGUAUCUAGGAAUAUUGAUGAGCUCAUAUAGAAUGUGCAGUUAGAAUUUGAUGAACAUAGGCCAGAAAU